CCAUUACUUCACAGAAUUCUCCAGUUGGGCCACCUAUGAAGAAGCUAACAACUAAGAGUACCCGUUGUUGCCUUGGCUGUUCUCAAUAGAGCUUUCUAUGCAGCUACCAGGAAAGAAAUCCAGCAAAUAGCAAAAGAAGGUCAUUUCAUUCUGACACUACGUCUUCCUGCGAUCACAUUUGCCAAUACCUUGCAUCUUAUUUCGCAAUGAAAGAUGUACAGAUUUCAUACCCAAAGGGCAAAAGCAGCUGCUGGACAUAUGUGGACUUCAAAUCUCUGCAAGAUCAGAAAAUCUCUUAAAAAUGUUUACCAAAAACGUAAGAUCCAGCACCCAGAUUCAACUAGAUAUCCAACAAUGACUUCCUGUGGUGGUGAUCAACAUGAUGUCAGUUUGGAUGAAGAAAUGAACCUUACAGUAAUGCUGCAAGAUAUUAAAAUUUCCCAAAUUGAACUCCUCGGCCAAAUGACCGAUAUUGUCAGUGCAGUAUCAAAAAUCCAGGAAAAGAUUGACCAUUAUCAGAAGCAGAUGGAGGUCCUAGAAACCAGGAUGACUGUUAAUGAAGACAAACAAGACACAGCCACCAAAGAUAUCCUCUCUAUGAAAAAAGACAUUGAUGCUUUAAAGAAGAAGGUUUCAGAGCUGGAAAACCAGAGUUCUUGCCCCAGCACACAUUGUUUAGAAGUCCUGAAGGGAGAAAGAGGUAAAGAAAUCAUAGAAUUGCUUCAUAAAUACAUACAAUCAGAAACUUCAAAGAACACGUCAGCAUCCAAAGAUUCUGAAAUCUCUCCAGCAGAACCAGAGAAAAUGCCCAGUUAUCCAGAGCCCACUGGUCAUCUUGAGGAAAAACCAGUUUCUCCUCAAAUUGAAACUCUGAAGGAAAGUAACAUAAAAACGGCAUCGAGAAGCUUAAAAAAGGCAAGGUCAAAUAUUUAUAUUUACCCAGACUUUGGAACAUGGAUCAAGCUAACUUUUGUUCAUGGAGGAAAGUGGAGGUUUUUCCUUAGUGCUACCAAGUUAGAAGAGUUCAUCCAGUGGCUUCUUUCUAGGCCAGUCAUCUUUCCUGAGGAACCACAGAUCAUUCCCAAGAGAGACUGUUCACUCACUGGACCAAUUACAAGCUUGACCACAAUCUGUCUCUCUGUUUUCAACUACAUUUACUGCCUUUUUGGUUCCUCAAAAGAGGAAGUAACUCGACUAUAGGGUUAUUCUCCACUUUGCUUGGUACCAAAUAAAUGUAACCUGGUUGCUCCAAGCAAACACA